CAGCUCCGCCCACCCGGCGUCCGCACCAGCCUCCCCGCCGAGGUGGGGCGGGGGUGAGGGGGCGCCCACUCCUCCACGCUCCGGGACUGCAGGGCGGGGCUGCAGGGCGGGCGGGGCCCGUGUCUCCUGCGCUCCUAUAAAGGGAGCCACCAGCGCUGGAGGCCGCUGCUCGCUGCGCCCGCCGCCUCCCGCCACCCCUGCCCGCCCGACAGCGCCGCCGCCUGCCCCGCCAUGGGUCGACAGAAGGAGCUGAUGUCCCGCUGCGGGGAGAUGCUCCACAUCCGCUACCGGCUGCUCCGCCAGGCGCUGGCCGAAUGCCUGGGGACCCUCAUCCUCGUGAUGUUUGGCUGUGGCUCCGUGGCCCAGGUUGUGCUCAGCCGGGGCACCCAUGGCGGUUUCCUCACCAUCAACCUGGCCUUUGGCUUUGCUGUCACUCUGGGCAUCCUCAUCGCUGGCCAGGUCUCUGGGGCCCACCUGAACCCUGCCGUGACCUUUGCCAUGUGCUUCCUGGCUCGUGAGCCCUGGAUCAAGCUGCCCAUCUAUACCCUGGCACAGACGCUGGGAGCCUUCUUGGGUGCUGGAAUCGUUUUUGGGCUGUAUUAUGAUGCAAUCUGGCACUUUGCCGACAACCAGCUUUUUGUUUCGGGCCCCAAUGGCACAGCUGGCAUCUUUGCUACCUACCCCUCUGGACACUUGGAUAUGAUCAAUGGCUUCUUUGACCAGUUCAUAGGCACAGCCUCCCUCAUCGUGUGUGUGCUGGCCAUUGUUGACCCCUACAACAACCCUGUCCCCCGAGGCCUGGAGGCCUUCACCGUGGGCCUGGUGGUCCUGGUCAUCGGCACCUCCAUGGGCUUCAACUCCGGCUAUGCCGUCAACCCUGCCCGGGACUUUGGACCCCGCCUUUUUACAGCCCUCGCGGGCUGGGGCUCUGAAGUCUUCACGACCGGCCAGCAUUGGUGGUGGGUGCCCAUCGUGUCCCCACUCCUGGGCUCCAUUGCGGGUGUCUUCGUGUACCAGCUGAUGAUCGGCUGCCACCUGGAGCAGCCUCCACCCUCCACCGAGCAAGAGAAUGUGAAGCUGGCCCAUGUGAAGCACAAGGAGCAGAUCUGAGUGGGCAGCGGCCAUCUCCCCACUCCACGGCGCUGGCCUUGAGCAUCCACUGACUGUCCAAGGGCCACUCCCAAGAAGCUCCCUUCAGGAUCUACCCUUCCAGGCUAAGGAGCUCCUUAUCCACCCUCACCCCACGAGACAGCCCCUUCAGGAGUUCACUGGACCUUGCCCAAAUAGCACCUUAGGCCACUGCCCCUAAGCUGGGGUGGAACUGGAAUUUGGGUGAAUACAUCCUUUUGUCUCCCACGGGAAGAGAAUGGGCAGCAGGUAUGUGUGUGUGUGCGUGUGUGUGCAUGUGUGUGUAUGUGUGUGUGUGUGUGGUUUCCCAGAUAUUCAGGGCAAGGGACCAGUCGGAAGGGAUUCUGGCUGUUGGGGGAGCCCAGAGACGGGGGAAGGCAGCCUGUCCAUCAGUGCAUGAGGAGAGGAAAGUGCCAGGGUGUGUGUUUCAGGGGCUCCACGUGGAGGAGCUGCAGAUAGAUGUGUUUCUGUGUAUGUGUGUGUCUGCCUUUUUUUCUAAGUGGGGGCUUCUACGGGCUUUUGGGAGGUAGGAUGGAUGUGGGAAGGGCUGGGAGGAGGCAGCCACAGCUCAGGUUUGGAGCUCUGGAUGUACAUACAUAAGUAGGAGCAGUGGGACGUGUUUCUGUCAUAACACAGGCAUGAAGGGUGGGGUGAAGUCCAGGUCAUAAGUUUCAUGUUUGCUUUUGUUUUGUUUUGUUUUGAAUGUAUGUAGCAGAUGUUACAGUCUUAGGGAUCGGGGUUGGGAGACCCCACUCUAGAAAGGGUCGUUGCUCCUUUAAUCCUCCACUCAACAAUGUACUCUUUUAUCUUUUAUAUUAAAAUAAAUAAAUAAAAUGUGUGCCUAAAACCUCCA